CGGCGGCGGCGGCGGCGGCAUGGCUGGCCGGCGGGUGAACGUGAACGUGGGCGUGCUGGGCCACAUCGACAGCGGCAAGACGGCUCUGGCGCGGGCGCUGAGCACCACGGCCUCCACCGCCGCCUUCGACAAGCAGCCGCAGAGCCGCGAGCGCGGCAUCACGCUCGACCUGGGCUUCUCGUGCUUCUCGGUGCCGCUGCCCGCGCGCCUGCGGCCGGCGCUGCCCGCGCCCCCGGCGGCGUCCGGGGCCGAGCCCGGGCCCGAGCCCGAGCCCGGCGAGCCGCAGCUGCAGGUCACGCUGGUCGACUGCCCCGGGCACGCCUCCCUCAUCCGGACCAUCAUUGGCGGGGCCCAGAUCAUUGAUCUGAUGAUGUUGGUCAUCGAUGUGACCAAAGGGAUGCAGACCCAGUCAGCCGAGUGCCUUGUAAUUGGGCAGAUCGCCUGCCAGAAGCUGGUCGUGGUGCUGAACAAAAUAGACCUCUUAGCUGAAGGAAAGAGACAGGCAGUGAUUGAUAAGAUGACCAAGAAAAUGCAGAAGACCCUGGAGAACACCAAGUUCCGAGGUGCACCAAUUAUACCUGUGGCGGCCAAGCCUGGGGGACCAGAGGCCCCUGAAACAGAAGCUCCACAGGGCAUCUCAGAGCUCAUUGAGCUCCUGACGUCCCAGAUAUCCAUCCCAACGAGAGACCCCUCAGGACCGCUCCUCAUGUCUGUGGACCACUGUUUCUCCAUCAAAGGCCAAGGCACUGUGAUGACAGGGACCAUCCUCUCAGGUUCCAUCAGCCUUGGUGACAGUGUGGAGAUUCCUGCCCUCAAGGUGGUGAAGAAGGUGAAGUCCAUGCAGAUGUUUCACAUGCCUGUCAUGUCAGCCAUGCAGGGAGACCGGCUGGGCAUCUGCGUCACUCAGUUUGACCCCAAGCUGCUGGAGCGUGGCCUGGUGUGUGCUCCAGAGUCCCUGCACACUGUCCACGCAGCCAUCAUCUCUGUGGAGAAGAUCCAAUAUUUCCGAGGGCCCCUGCAGACCAAAGCCAAGUUCCACAUCACAGUGGGCCAUGAGACAGUCAUGGGCCGGUUGAUGUUCUUCAGCCCUGCCCCUGAUAACUUUGACCACGAGCCCGUGCUGGACUCCUUCGACUUCUCUCAAGAAUACCUCUUCCAGGAGCAGUAUCUAGAUAAGGAUUUGGCACCAGCAGUGACAGACAGUGGUGAGGCAGACAAGAAGACGAGCCAGGCCACAGAAGGCCGCUGUCCUCGGCAGCAGUGGGCCCUCGUGGAGUUUGAGAAGCCUGUCACCUGCCCUCGGCUGUGCCUGGUGAUUGGCUCCAGGCUAGAUGCAGACAUUCAUGCUAACACGUGCCGGCUUGCCUUCCACGGCGUCCUGCUCCAUGGACUGGAGGGCAAGGACUAUGCCGAGAGCUUCUUGCCCAGGCUGAACGUGUAUAAGCUCAAGCACAAACAUGGCCUUGUAGAGCGGGUGAUGGAUGACCACAGCGUGAUCGGCCGUUCCCUGUUCAAAAAGGAGACCAACAUCCAGCUCUUCGUGGGCCUCAAGGUACACCUGUCUACUGGGGAGCUGGGGGUCAUUGACAGCGCCUUCGGCCAGAGUGGCAAGUUCAAGAUCCACAUCCCUGGUGGCCUCGGCCCCGAGUCCAAGAGGAUCCUGACGCCCACCCUCAAGAAGCGGGGCCGAGCUGGCCGAGGGGAAGCAGCCAAGCAGGAGGAGGUGGCCGAGCGGCCCGAGCCUGCACAACACGUGGCCCUCAGCCUGUCUUUCAAGCGUUAUGUCUUUGACACCCACAAGCGCAUGGUCCAGUCUCCCUGAGUGUCCCAGUGACCUCGCCCAGGACCCCUUGCCCAGGCCCCAGACAUGCCUCGACCUCUUGCAGUAUGUCCCUCCCCAUGACCCUGCAGACGCAGGCUCCCAGGCCUGGCGAGGAGCCCGGGGCUACAGUGGGAGCGGCACCAGUGCCGGCACCCUCCCACGGGCUGGUGGCCAGUGUUUCCAGCCACUGAGCUGGCAGCCCUAUGAGGGCCCAUCCACACCGUGCCCCAGGUGGCCUGGCACUUCCCAGCUGUAAAUAAAUGUCCCAUGGUGCCGG